AUGCCACAUCAAAAAUCCAGAGAUGAACCUCCAAUAGUGGUGACAGCUCCUCCUCCAUUUCCCAGUCAAUUUGCAAUGUCAAAGAAAGAGAAGCAAGAGCAAGAGAUUCUAAAAACUUUUCGCAAGGUUGAGGUAAAUAUUCCCCUUUUAGAUGCAAUUAAGCAAAUUCUUAGAUAUGAAAAGUUUCUUAAAGAAUUAUGCACUACUCAAAAAAAAUUGAAAGGAAAUGAAAAAGUGCAUCUAGGGGAGAAAGUCUCAGCAGUGCUUCAGAAAAAGUUGCCUCCAAAAUGUAAGGAUCCAGGUAUGUUUACUAUUCCUUACAAAAUUGAAAAUAUUAGGAUUGAGAAAGCAAUGUUGGAUUUGAGUGCUUCUAUAAAUGUUAUGCCUCGUUCUAUUUAUAAUAUAUUGAAUCUUGGUCCUUUAAAAGAGAUGGGUAUAAUAAUUCAACUUGCUAAUAGGUCAAACGCUUAUCCUGAUGAGGUUUUGGAGGACAUAUUAGUUCAAGUAGACAAAUUGAUUUUUCCUGUAAAUUUUUAUGUGUUUGAUAUGAAGGAAGAUAAUUCUACUAAUUCACCUCCAAUUUUGUUAGAAAGGCCAUUUUUGAGAACAUCUAGAACUAACAUUGAUGUUUACUCUGGAACACUGACUAUGGAAUUUGAUGGCGAUAUUAUAAAAUUCAAUAUUUAUGAUGCCAUGAAAUAUCCUAAUGAAUCUCAUUCAGUCUUUGUUAUAGAUGUAAUUGACUUUUUGACGCAGCAAACUUUUGAACUAACUGAUGAUGAUGUUUCGAAAGCCACUAUUACCAGUGGUCUUGAUCGAAAGUAUAUUCAAAAGAUAAGAGGAAAGUUUGACUUUUUCCUUGAAUUGCAAGAAACUAGUUUUGAAUUAGAUUCUCUUAAAACUGUAGGCUAUGAUGUGCCUUAUGUUGAAUUGCUACGGUCUCAUUCAAAACUUUUACUAUCUAUUGUACAGGUCCCGAAGUUGGAAUUGAAUUAA